AUGGGUGAACCGGGUACGGCGACGACCACUGAGCCGGCCGACGAACAACUACAACAACCGUCAGUGCCGAACGGCGACACGGUAGCGGAUACCGAGUCCACCAGCUCCUCCUCCGAGCAGCCCAAGAGUCCGGGAGCACAGACCAGCGAGUUGGCCAGUCCAGAGAUUCAAGAAAAUGUUCCGCCGACUCAACUCCCCACCAACCCUCAGGAGUUGGCCAAGUUUAAGAGAAGGUGCAGUAAUGUUGUGUAACAUAGGGUGGCGACGAUAUUACAUUUCUUGAAAUAGGAAUGUAAAUCUUGAUGAUUCAAAAAAUGUUUUUUCAAAAUGGCAACAAAUUUACUUAUCACAACAUGCAUACCUUUUUGGAAUAUUACUUUAACCCUUUUUUAGCUACGUGAUCAAAGAAUUAGUGGAAACAGAACAAGAUUACGUCAAGGACCUCACUUCUGUGGUCGAGGGCUACAUCGCGAACCUCGAGUCGAUGGAACUGCCUGAGGACCUGAAGGGAAAGGACAAAAUCAUAUUCGCCAACAUUGGCCAGAUUCUGGAGUUUCACAAAACGUAAGCGACUUCCGGCUACAUGAUUACCGUGUUUUAGAAUCUUCCUUCGUGACAUCGAAAAGAGCACGGACGACUAUCAGGCUGCGGGUCAGGCUUUUAUCAAACAUGUAAGUACCACAGUAUUAUCAUGCUUUUAGAUACUGUCACAUUAAAAGAUGUAAAAGUUACAAGCAGUACUAAUUGUAAGGAUACUUAAGGUAUAACUGACAUUAGUCAUAGUUUAAUAUAACUACUAACCUACACAACUUGCAGGAACGUCGACUACACACUUACUACGUUAAAUAUUGUCAGAAUAAACCAAAAUCAGACUUUCUAGUAUCUCAAGAAUCAUUCGAACAAGUAAGUUUAUUUAACGGAGGUACUUACCAACAUUAUUUUACAUCUUUAAAUUUGAAAUAAAUUUUGGCGGGAAAACUUAAAUUUAAAUUUCAAGUACAACAUGAAUCUCGUCUUUAAGAACUAAAUAUUCAUAUUUUAGUUUUUCGCGGAAACGAAACAAAGGCUAGGCCACCGCGUGGCUCUAUGCGAUCUGCUAAUCAAACCAGUCCAAAGAAUCAUGAAGUACCAGUUGAUGUUGAAGGACAUCCUCAAGUACACAGAGAAAGGAGGAGAGAGUACCGACGUGCUGAAACGGGCUUUGGACGUGAUGCACGUGGUACCAAAGGCUUGUGAUGACAUGAUGCAAGUGGGAAGGUUACAGAACUUUGAAGGAAAUCUCAGCGCACAAGGACGACUCAUCUUCCAGGUAAGGGUAAUGUCGUGCAAAUGAGUACAAACGAUCCAUUUUAAUAUUUUUUAACUAUUUUUAUAUUUUUUUACUAUAAAAAUAUUGAAAAGUCUGCUUUUUAAUGGCAUUUUUUAAAUUCAAUCGUAUUUUAGGGUAAACUCUCGAUCUCAGACGGCGGAGCCACUCAGCCCUUCAAGGGAAAGCCGCGACGAGUAUUCCUCUUUGAGCAGUCGGCCAUCAUCGCCGACGAGAUACCCCCCAAGAAGGAAUAUGGUAAUCCCACCUACAUCUUCAAGAAUCAAAUUAUGGUAAGUGUGGCCAAGAGUCUGGAAGUACAGCCUGGCCUUAAUGUAAACAAAAACUCGGAUUAUAUUUAUGAAGGAGUGCCAUGUAACAGUAAAAGUGCAGCUACUAUCUUGAAAUGUUACAAUUUUGUUGAUACAGACUUUGUCAGGAUAUAGUACAAACUACUGGUUGACUUAUUAAUAUGUUAAGUAUAGUAUACACUAAGAUGACUUUAUAUUACAUAAGGCUGUUAUACUUUAUCCUCUACUUAUGAUACUAUUAUCUCUACUAUGACAUUGUCACCGACAUAAUCCUACUUUCAGGUCAACAAAAUGGUAUUACAAGAUAACAUUCCUGAAGAACCGCUUCGCUUUGGCCUAUCCAGCAACGAUCCCAUGCAACAGAUCAAGUUUGUCGCUGAAGCCGAGAACGCUGAAGACCGCGAGAACUGGCUCCAGAAGAUCUCGGCCCAAUUGGACCAACAGAAAACGUUCUUGGCCGCGCUGGUCGACCCCAAAAAGUACCAGAACCAGCUGGCCAACAACAUGGCCAACACUUCCAUGUAGGUUGUGACAUUACUAACUGUGAUAACAAUCGCCGUACUAACAGUAUUAUCUGUGAUAACAAUGGCCUAUACCAUUUGUGAUAUAAUGGCCUCUUACUAACAGUACUAUCGCGUUGACGAUAGUAGUACCGUCGACUAGUUAACACAGAUACUGACCAGUAAUACCUUUAUUAACAAACCAUUGACAAUACUAUCCACUAACUCACGAUUUAACUUUCAUACCAUUAUAUUAACCACCUGUAUAAGAGACUUGUACUAGAAAUACCUUAAUAACAUGACUAAUAAAUUCUUUCCAACCGGCUGUCACUUAUCCGAGAACUUUUGCCUUCUUUUUGAGUUGCUAAACCCUGAUUUUGUUGAUUUCUGAAUGUUUUUAAUUCUCUAAUUUCUCGUCCUUAUACUUUGUUUCAGAUCCGACAACAAGAAGGCCAACAACAGCCAUCAGACCGUGGCCAGCACUAGCUCCAACUCCCAUGCCAACUCGCCGCUGCGGCCGGGGAGCGGGAACACCUCCAAGUCGAGCAAACUGUUCAGCUUCGGUGAGUCGCUGAGAUGCGCUCGCUGUGUAAUUAUUUGAAUACCUCGUUCUAUGAUAUCUCUUUUUAGUGUCCGUGUUAUCCGGAAAGUCCAAGUGA